CAAGUAGUGGGCACAUGUCAGUUACAGAUACUUCACAAAAUGAGACAUUGGAGGUUGGACCUGAGAAUUUGAAGAUGUCCUUUUCAUCAACAUUUGGACAACUGAAACGUAUGACGAAUUCUAGAACAAGGGUGAAAGAUUUGGAUGUGGAACUUGAAAGUACUAAGCAAAAAAGUAAACAAAACCUGCAACAAGCCAUCUUAAUUGAAAGGGAAAGAGUUACUCAAAUGCAGUGGGAUAUGGAAGAACUUCGUAGGAAGUAUUUGGAGAUGGAGUCGAAGCUCAAGUUCGAACAGGAUGAAAGGAUUCAUUCGGAGUUGGUAAAAGUGUCUGCCAUUCAUGAGGAGCUAUUGGUACAGGAAUUGGAUGUUGCAAAAGAACAACUUAAUAACUUGCAGAAACAUCAAGAAGAGCUGGAAAUGAAAUCAAAAGCGGAUAUUAAACUUCUUAUCAAAGAAGUUAAACAUGCUAGAUUGGAAAGUUUUAGGAGAGGCUUGAGCAAAGUGAAGUAUUGUUUAUUUAGAAAUGAGAAUGUAGGAUACAUUGUAUGAUUUGAUUAUUAUUUGUAACAAACACAUCGU